CGGAAAUGCCUUUGGAAACCGAGCGCAGGUGUGUGUGCGCGCGCGGGUGGGGCUCUGCACUCGUGCCUUCGAGCAACAGGGUAAAACAGGAUUUUAGAAACCGAGAACGUGAACUUUGACACGGUGUCUGAGAAUCCGCUGGGGAGAGAGAGAGAGAGUUCAGCCGCCGAGCACCGAGUGUUUCUUGAAGCGCGCGCAGGAACCGGAGGAGAACCGAGCAGCAGGAGAGGGACAUGAGUUCCACAGAGCGAGAGCAGGAUCAGGGGAGGGACAGGUCCCAGAAAGGAGACAAGGAUCAGGGUUGGAUCCCGAAGGUGAUAAAGAGGAGGGAGUGCACAGCGUUUGUGGAGGAUCCUCUCAGUAAUGAGGAUCAGUGUCAGUGUGGUGGUGCUCGGAGUCUUCAUGGUUCUGUAGCUACAGGUGAUUAUUUCAGCUCUGCUAUUGUGACUCAGUGGGACUCAUCCAAACACACAUCCGAAAGUCCAACCGAUGCUUUCGGAGAACUCAAGUUUGACGGCAUCGCUCACAGACACAGUCAUUUCCUGCGUUUGUCCUGUGACACUCCCGCGCAGCUCGUCUACGCCAUUCUGACUCAGCACUGGUGUCUGCCGUCUCCCAACCUGGUGGUGUCUGUGGUGGGGGGCGGCAGCCAGGAGAAGGUCCGGAGCUGGGUACGAGAGGUGGUGAGACAGGGGCUGGUGCGAGCUGCACAGAGCACAGGUGCCUGGAUCGUGACCAGCGGGCUGAGGGAGGGCGUGAGCCGCUGUGUCGGUGAGGCUGUGAGGGAUCACAGUGCUGCGGCUGCAUCCCAAUCCAAAGUGGUAGCUCUGGGCGUGGCCCCCUGGGGACUGGUGGACAACCGCCAACAACUCGUCAACGCAGAGGGAAGUUUCCCCGCCAGUUAUUUAGCUCAGAACUUGUCGCAGAACUCGUGUUCCCUGGACAGUAACUAUCAGACCUUCCUCCUGGUGGAUGAUGGGAGCAUCGGCCGCCGAGGAGGAGAGACGAACUUCAUCACCAACCUGGAGAAAUUCAUCUCUCAUCAGCGCACUGGCAUCUGGGGCAGCGGCAGUAUCGAGAUCCCUGUGCUGUGUGUGCUGAUUUCAGGCAAUGAGUCUGUGCUGAAGAGGAUGGACAUGUCUCUGAAGAAGGCCACGCCCUGGUUGGUGUUGAAGGGCUCGGGCCCUGCGGUGGAUAUGAUCUCGGAGCUGCUGAGCGAAUUGAGCCCGCUGGCGUCCCCUGCGGAUUGGGAGGGCAGAGACAGCCCCAGCACUGAGCUCAGAGACCGAGUGCGGGAGCUCGUCAAGAGAUAUUUCCCCUCAGGGACAAACCUGGAGAAGCUGGUGGACCAGGUUCUGAGCAUCUAUCAGAACAGGUCUCUGAUCACGGUGUUCCACGGAGAACAGGACAGUCCAGAUGAUUUCGAAACGGUCAUGCUGAGAGCCCUGGUGCGAGCCAGUAAGCAGGUGAGCAGUGAGUACACCGAGGAGCUGAAGUUGGCUGUGGCCUGGAACAGAGUGGACAUCGUCAAGAGUGAGCUGUUCAACGGCGACAUCGAGUGGAAGUAUGAUGAUCUGGAGGAUUCCAUGACAGACGCUCUGGUCAACAAUAAGCCUCAGUUUGUUCGUCUCUUCACGGAGAACGGUCUGAACAUUGUGGAGUAUCUGACGUAUGAGCGUUUGGAGAAGCUGUACCAGUCUCUCUCCAGCAGCACGCUGGCCUACACGCUGCUGCAGACGAGGUUGAGGGAGAGACACAGUCUGGCCUGUUCCCCCAACUUGCCCCAAGAGAACUGCAAGUGCCUGAAGAGUCCCGUGACGGGGCUGUCGAGCACCCACGGGCUCAGCCUGUUGGAGGUUUCACGGUUAUUAGGGGAGAUUUUUGGAGGCAUGUGCAAGCCAUUUUAUUUGGCCCCCCUGGGCUUAGCGCGAGGAGUGAGCACCAAAAAAGCAGCCAAGCAUGUGAAUAAGCUUCUGCAGGGUGCCUGUAUGUACCAUCAUCAGAAGGUUGCGUUCCCCUGGUCCUCUCUCUUCAUCUGGGCCGUUCUACAGAACCGCAGUGAGAUGGCCAUCUUCUUCUGGGAGAGGGUGGGGGAGCCUGUAAUGGGUGCGCUCAGUGCGUGUAAGAUCCUCCGAGAGCUGUCCAAGCUGGAGAUCGAGACAGAGAGCCAGCUGUCCAUGAAGGAGCUGGCGCAGAAGUUUGAGAACAUGGCUCAUGACAUGUUCAGCGCCUGCUACCAGAGCAACGAGGCUCGCUCCCACACGCUACUCAUUAGGAUGUCUCCAUUUUGGGGUGGAGUUACCUGUCUACAGAUGGCCACGGCAGCCGAUGCGCGACUUUUUUUCAGCCAUGAUGGUGUGCAGACGCUGCUGGCUGAGAUCUGGUGGGGAGACAUGCACAGCCGCACUGAAGUGUGGAAACACAUCAUGACCUUCUUCCUGCCUCCACUCAUCUACACCAAUCUCAUCACCUUCAGGGAGAGUAAUGCUCAUGGUGGAGAUGGAGACAACGGCAGUGAUCUCGUUUAUUCUCUUGCUGACAUCCCGCAUAUGGAGGAGGAUCUGGAGGAACACACUGCUUUAACCAGAGAUGAUGAACGGAAAAGUGCUCCUCUCCCCAAAUACCCAUACGUCAUACACCGAUGGCAACAGUUCUGGUUUGCGCCUGUCACUUCAUUUCUAGGCAACGUGAUAAUGUACUUCCUCUUCCUCCUCCUGUUCGCUUACAUCCUAUUGGUUGAAUUCAAACCUCCACCUCCUGUUGGCCCCGCCCCCAUCGAGUAUUUGUUGUACUUUUGGGUGUUUACUUUGGUCUGUGAGGAGAUUCGACAGUCGUUCGUCGGCGGUUCAGGGAGUUUUUCUCAGAGUAUGGGGUUCUACAUCCAGGACAAUUGGAACAAGUGUGACCUCACGGCCAUCAUCCUCUUCAUCCUCGGCCUUGUCUGCAGGAUGUACGAUUGGUCGUAUGAGUUCGGUCGCUCGGUGCUGUGUGUGGACUACAUGGUCUUCACUCUUCGACUCAUUCACAUCUUCGCUGUUCACAAACACCUCGGACCCAAAAUCAUCAUCGUCGGCAAAAUGGUGAAGGAUGUGUUCUUUUUCCUGUUCUUUCUGGGAGUCUGGCUCUUGGCUUACGGCGUGGCCAAUCAGGCGCUAAUCUACGCCUACGACCCUCAACCCUCCAGGGUGAUUCGCAGAAUUUUCUACAGACCGUACCUGCACAUCUUUGGGCAGAUACCACUGGAGGAAAUGGACGCUGAAAAGCAGGCAGAGAAGGGUUGCACCAUGAAUAAGACUCUGAUUGCGCAUGGAGCUGAGUCGUGUAUAAAACCUGAAGUCAACUGGCUCGUCCACAUCCUGCUGUCCAUCUACCUGCUGGUCACCAACGUCCUGCUGCUCAACCUUCUCAUCGCCAUGUUCAGCUACACGUUCAGUAAGGUACAGGAGCACAGUGAUGUUCACUGGAAGUUCCAGCGCUAUAACCUGAUAGUAGAGUACCACUCCCGCCCGUGCCUGGCUCCGCCCUUCAUCAUCAUCUCUCACCUGCUGCUCUUCAUCAAGAGAACCAUCCGGAAGAUUCCGUCUGUCAAAAUCAAACACUUCAUGUUAGAUCUGAGCGGUAAGAAUGCGAGCAGGUUGGACACGUGGGAAGCGAUCCAGAAGGAGAAUUUGCUCUUGACUCAGAGUAAGAAGCUCAGAGACAGCGACACCAAGCGACUCCAACACACGGCUGCUAAGGUGGACAACAUGCUGAAGCAGAUGGCAGAGAUUCGAGAUCAAGACCGCAGAUUGAGGACACUAGAGUCGGAGCUGGAGUACUGCUCUAGCUCCCUCUCGUGGAUAAUGGAAGAACUGGCACAGAGUGGACUUCUGAAACUCACCCGUCACCCCCCUGUCCACCAAGACUCGAUCCCCCCCACGUCUUCCACCUGAGAGAACCUCAAAUGGAGUCUCCAAACCAAAGGAGCUUCUGGGUUUCCAUUUACACAAACGCAGUUGUGCAACAGAAACGUUUCACGGACUCUCUCUUGCAUUUCAGUGUUUUUUUUUUAAUAAUGUGCACAAAAGCUGAAAAACCUCAUUGUUGCUGUUUACAUGCCAGACAGGAUCUUCCAUAUAUAUAUAUAUAUAUAUAUAUAUAUAUAUAUAUAUAUAUAUAUAAACUUGUUUAUUAUUUUUAUAGAGUUCAGUUGUCAGUUUAUGAAGCACAGUGAUUCUGGGUGUAAAGUUUUAUAAUGUGUGUGUUGUUCAGGGGAAUCUGAUUUAUGGGUCUUUUAUUAAAAUGUUCUCUCAUU